CUUCCUCCCUUCAGUUCAGUCACGUACAGUCAUGUAGGCAAGACACACGUCACGAAUGAUCGCGAUGCGCGAGACGUAGGAGUAGAAAAUCACCUCAUAAGACGCUCGAUAGUCUGUUUACUUUGUUUUCAGCACAAGUGGGUUGAGUGGGAACAAUGGUGAAAUACUUCAGCUGUGCAGGCUUUCUGAAGAGCUCAUGGGACCAAGUGUUUCUUGCAUUCUGGCAGAGAUAUCCCAACCCAUACAGUAAUCAUGUUUUGACGGAAGACAUUGUAUUUCGGGAAGUCACUCCGGACAACCAUCUCAUUUCCAGACGACUCUUGACCAAAACUAGCAGAGCUCCUCGCUGGGCGGAGAAGUUUCUGCCGGCUCAUAUGGCACAGAAAGCUUACAUCAUUGAGGACUCAAUAGUAGAUCCUCAAAGCAGGACCAUGACCACGCUCACAUGGAACAUCACGCACGCACGUGUCAUGAGUAUUGAAGAGCGCUGUGUGUACAGAGUGAACGCUGACAACAACAGCUGGACGGAGAUCAAGAGAGAAGCCUGGAUCUCCUCCAACCUAUACGGCCUCUCUAGAGCUAUUCAGGAAUUUGGUCUUGCCCGGUUUAAGAGCAACGUUACAAAGACCAUGAAAGGCUUUGAGUAUGUGUUGGCCAAGAUGCAAGGUGAAAUACCAACAAGAACACUGGCAGAAACCGCAACUGUAAAGGCACGUGAGACUGCACUCGCCGCCAAAGAGAAAGCAAAAGAUUUAGCCUCACAAGCGCAGAAGAAACAGUAUGUAUGAUGAGCAGACGGGUUUGGACGUGUCACAGCUGUGCAUUGUGCCUGGACUCUCCCAGCUCUGCUGAAAAGGGCUGUGCCAUUCCAUCAUACAGGGCACAUUUGUUAGAGGGGGUUUGUUGGAGAAUUUUAAAAGAGCUUUUGGAUACACAAGUUGAUAAAUACAACUGUGCAUCUCCGGAUUCCUCAGAAGUCGAAUGCAUUUCCUGCUCUGAUCCAUCGCACCUGUUCCCUCUCUAAACCAAAACCCUCGAGUAAACUUGAUUUAAUGCAGCCGCAUACUUCUCUUUCUGCUUUAUCGAGUCUGGUUUACAUGAGAUGUUGUUUGCAUUUUAGAUUAAUUUCUAGAAUAAUGUUAAUUUCUCUGAUUUUAAUUAAUCGAUUUCCAUGAUGAAUCUUCGUAUUCACUCAUGCUGAGGUUUAGAAAUCGGCCUUGUUUAGCAAUGUGAUUUGUUGCUUCAAAUUGAAGUUCUAUCUCGAUUGAUGGGUCCACAAUUCCAGCAGUCAUUGCCUACUUGAUACAGUAUCUAUAGAGUUCUGCAGAGCGGCCUAGUCUUUGGCACACGAGAGAAUAUGCCGGAAAGGAUUGCAGUGGAUGACAGCGUCCGUAUACAAGUUUGGAAGUUGUAUAGAAAAUAUGUCAAAUGUUGAAUGACUGAAACAAAUGCAUUUGUUUGAAGAAACAGAUAGCUUAACAUGUAUUAUAGCUCUAAAUAAUUGUGAUCAACAGUUAUCUCUAAUAAAUAUUUUCUAUCUGA